AUGUUUGCAAACUGCUUCUCUGUGUGCACCAGUAGUGAUUCAAACUCGGUUAACACGGCAGACCAGCUUCACACCUGCAACUGGAUCCGUAGCCACUUGGAAGAACAUCCUGACACAUGCCUGCCUAAACAAGAUGUUUACGAGACAUACCGGAAGCACUGUGACAACUUACAGCAUCGACCUCUAAGUGCAGCAAAUUUUGGCAAAAUCAUCCGAGACAUCUUCCCAAACAUUAAAGCACGAAGACUGGGUGGUAGAGGACAGUCCAAAUACUGCUAUAGUGGGAUUCGUCGAAAGACCGUGUUAAACAUGCCAUUACUCCCUAACCUGGACCUCAAAAAUGACCCGUCUGAACUGACAGAACUGGUGCAAACCUACAAGCAAGAGGUCACCGAAGCAGCCUGUGAACUCAUCUGUGACUGGGCCCAGAAGAUCCUGAAGCGCUCUUUUGACACGGUGGUAGAAAUCGCACGCUUCCUCGUACAGGAGCACAUCGUUAACCCACGCUGCAGUCAAGCUGAGCUCAUCACUUCAGCUGCUCUGGCAG